UCCACAGUGCCUGCAUACGAGAUUUAAACUGGCAAUUCAAGGUGCUUUGUUCCAGGCAUCACCAAUCCUUACACCCACAGCACAGAACAAAAAAAAAGGAUAAGCAUGUCCGCAGGGUUAGAGAUUCUUGGGUUGGCCCUGUGUGUGUUCGGGUGGAUAGCUGCCAUCAUCACCUGUGCACUGCCCAUGUGGAGAGUGACCGCUUUCAUCGGCAGCAACAUUGUGACAUCUCAGACCAUCUGGGAGGGACUCUGGAUGAACUGUGUGGUGCAGAGCACCGGGCAGAUGCAGUGCAAGAUCUAUGACUCCAUGCUGGCUCUCCCCCAGGAUCUCCAGGCAGCCCGAGCCUUGACCGUCAUCUCUAUCAUUCUGGCACUCUUGGCCAUCUUGAUCUCCAUCGUCGGGGCCAGGUGCACCAACUGCAUUGAGGACGAGGGGAGCAAAGCUAAGGUCAUGAUCAUAUCGGGAGUCUUGUUCAUUAUUGCUGGGGUCAUGCAGCUUAUCCCAGUCUCCUGGUCUGCCAACACCAUCGUCAGGGACUUCUACAACCCUUUGCUCACUGAUGCCCAAAGAAGGGAGCUUGGCUCCUCUUUGUAUAGUGGAUGGGCUGCAGCAGUUCUCCUGAUCCUAGGCGGGGCCCUUCUCUGCUGCUCCUGUCCACCUCGGGAAAAGAAAUAUGCCCCAUCGAGAAUGGCUUAUUCUGCUGCCAGAUCCAACCCACACAGUGGUUAUGACAAGAAAGACUAUGUCUAAACCUCAAAACCGGCUUUGCUUUGAAGCUCCUCUAUCUGCUGUUAUAAAACAAAAAAAAUGUGUUUAAAUGGACAAAUGGAAGAGACUCCGCAAUGAAGGUACUGUUUUCUGUUGCUGGUGUUUUUGUGUGUUUUUUUUUUUCAGUCUGUAGCCCCCUGUAGAUUUCAUAGAGCCCGUGAUUUGGGGUGCUCUGAAGAUCUACUGGUGUCAAAGGUGGUUUUUUCCACUGGACCUUAAUGAUCCCUGUUGGAGGUACUGGUUAUUGAUUUCCCAUUUCAAUUGGCCAGUAUUUGACCAUUUUGUGUCGCUUGUUUUUAUAUUCUAGCAAGGUAGUUGCAAGUAUAAAUUGUAAAGCUUAGCUACCAGAACCAUACCAGUUCUCUGAUAAUGGUUGUCAAGGAGCGAGUAGGUUCAUUUGUCUUUUGUUUUGUUUAUUUGUCGCAUGUAUUUAACAAACAAACAAACAAAAAAAAUUACCUGGGUAAAAUAUUUGAAGAAUGUUCUCUUUCAAUAUUAUUGUUUAGUGAUUUCUGUGUGCAAAUGAACAGCAGCUACAUAUGAAAAAAAGUGUAUUUUACAAAAUUAAAUAAUAAUUUACAGUUUUCUUUUGUUAUUGAUAAACUGAUAUAAUUUCAUAGGGGUUAAUGUUUCAUUGCUGCAGGAACGUGCAUGAAAUGAAAGGGAAGCCUUAAGAUACAAAUCAUUAAAAUAACACCUGAAAAUAUCCAAAAAGAACGUUUGCUCUGAGGAGAAUCCUUUAUAAGUGGACAGCAUGUUAUAUGAACUGCAUUGAAUCACUUUGUAAUUCAGUUUGAAUAUAGAAAUACAUUCUAAACGGUUUCUUUGUUAUUGAUAAUAUGAGUAACAGAGACCCAAACAACACUUCAAAUCUGAGGAGGUGUCAUUUUACUCUUUGCAGAUAUUGUGAAGAUGCAGAAAUUGCCCCAACAUUUUAGCAUUAAGAUUUGAGAUUUUCUUUUUUAACUCUCAAAAACUGCAGUGUAAUUCACAGUCUAAAGUAACUUUGACAAUAGUAUGUUUAAACAGAGGACAACGAGACACAUCUAUAAUUUCACCUGAAUCUAAGAACCAUUGUUUAUUGCUCUGUAAAGGAAAGGCACUGCAUUAUAGAUUGAUGUUGUUCUUCAUUGUUCAAUACAUUUGUUUGAUAUUUUCAUGAACAUGCUAUAUAGUUUGUGCAUUGCUUUUAACUCUAAAUGAUACAUUUCUUUGUUUACAAUGAACAGCGUCUCUAUUAAAGGGUACAUAAGGACCUUUUUAUUUUAUUGUGUUACAUGUUCCCAUGUGUUGCUACAACUGUUUACAUAAGGUGUGUGUAUUGUUUUAAUUAUUAUUAUUUUUUUUACAUUUUUACCACUUUUUUAAACUUUUAAAUUGCAUUCCGUGCCUCAAGAUGGCUUCCUAUAUAUCCGCAUGGACCUCUCAGAACUACAUUUCCCAUCAUCCUCCUGCUCACUGGUAAAUCCAUCUCAGGUCCUCAUGCACCCUUUAAGAGCACAUCUUUCUUAGAGUACGGAUAUAUCGCUGGUGAAUGAGGAUUAUGAACCCGCUGUAUGCUGUGUGUAUUAUAAUGUCCUGUUGUGUGUAUGUACAAAGCCCCAUUGUAUCUAUGUCUUCUCACAAAUUGCAGCAUUCAGAGAUUGGAGAGGAUCCUCGUGUGGGAGUUGUCACUGGAUGCUAAGGGACUUGUGUGCCUUUGUGUACAGAUGGGACUAUGUAAUGUAUCCAAUAUUUGCCUCGCUUUUCACAAGGAGCGCACCUGCAGCACUGUUUGUUUUAAAUAAUAAUAAAAAUAUAUAAUUGA